CUUUAGUAGGUAGUAGGUACUUAGAUAAAAUAUAAAUUAUAAAGUGUUGAAUUAUUACAGGUAUUACAAAAAAAAACAAAAAUGUAGUUUAAAUUUUUUAUUGUUUAAACGUUUAUUAUUACAUAUAACCAUUCAUUUUUAUUUUUUUUCUCUUAUUCUAAAAUUAACAAGAUGAUUACUGUACGUCAUAUUUUAUUCGUAUACUUGCAUUGUGCAAUUUAUACAUUAUUAAAUUGUCUCUCUGUCAAAGAUCAAAUGUAUGAAAAUAUCAUAGCGAAUAACCCAUGUUUUCUUAGGCUAAAUGGAACAAAUCAAUUUGGGUGUACUUCUUCAAGAUUUGGAAAUGUUGGAACUUUACAUUUGGUAACAAAUUCGACUGAUUUAGAUUGGUUAUUUAAUGAAGGACAGGCUGAUCCUUAUACUGUAGCAUUAACACCAAAAAUGUUUAAUAGAGAGGUUUUACAAGACAUUGAAUUGAGUACUAAAGUAAAUGGUAUAAUGUUACUAAUGAAUGGUACUGAAGAAGAAGUGAUAAAUAAUGAUAAUUUACAAAAUAAUGGAUUUAGUCCAGAAGAUACAUGUCCUAACCGUUAUUCGGGUGUUAGCAGUUGUCCUAUGAAACCAUGGAACCCUUAUGGUACUGAUAUUCUUUUAAAAAGUUGGAGUUUUCCCAUAUUUGUUGUUUACGAUCAAGACACUAUCAAAAAUAUUGUUGAUUGUUUUAAAAAUCAUAAUUUACCUUUAAAUAAACAGAAUGAUCAAUCUUUAUGUGCUCUGGAAUUGAAGUCUCAUAUGUAUGCUGCUGUAGAUUCCAAAACAUGUUUGAGACGAACAAUGAUGUCUUAUCAAAAUAUAAGACCAAUUAAAUUCUGUGAUCCACUGGGUGAUAAAAAUGUAUAUUGGUCUCUAAAAGAACUACGCCCAAAUACACCAAAUCAAUCUAUUGCUAUAGUUGCUGCACGAUUAGAUGCUACAUCUAUGUUUCAAGAUUUAGCUCCUGGUGCUCUAUCAACAGCUACAUCUAUUGUGACAUUAAUGACUACAGCUAAUUUAAUUUCAGAAAUGCUUUCUUACAAUGAUGCCAGUAAUUUUUCUCGGAAUGUCAUGUUUAUUUUAUUUAAUGGAGAAGCUUAUGAUUACAUUGGAUCAAGUCGAGUAGUAUAUGACAUGUUAGAUGGAAAUUUCCCAAAUGAUUUAAUUAAACUCAAUAACAGUCAUGUUGGCAUGUAUGUAGAACUAUCACAAAUACAUUAUGACAAAGAAGUGGUUUUUUAUCGUCCAAUGAAACAUAAUGUUAGUGAUAAUAUUAACAAUUUUAUGAAUGCAUUUAAUAAGAGUCUUUCUGAUGAUGGUUUUUCUGUUACUGAAUCGGAAAGCACAUCUAUACCACCGUCAUCUCUACAUUCUUUUCUAAAACUUGAUCCAAAAUUUCCUGGCAUAAUAUUAACAGGAUUUAAAGAUCAAUUUAAAAAUAAGUUUUAUCAUAGUAUUUUAGAUGAUGCUGAGAAUAUACAAUAUAAUAAUAUUUCAAAAACUAUAGCUAGUAUAUCAACUUCUCUUAGUUACUCUCUCUAUAAAUUUAUUACUAAUUCCAAUUAUAAUGGCUUGAAGCAAGCAAAUUCUAGUUAUGUUACUAAAUUAUUAGAUUGUUAUGUUAAGUCCAUGAAUUGUGAAGUAUUUCAAUCACUGACUUCACCAUUGCAUCUACCUGAAAAUCCUCCUAAUUAUUAUAUUAGUAUAGACAUGAUCACAAAUACUCUCACUAGUCUUUCACGACUAUUGUUUGCUUCUUUUGGGAGUAAAAUAAUUAAUAAAGUCCAAAGUGAAGAAAAAUGUUUGAAUUAUAGAACAAAGCAGGGUUUUGUACCUGUAUGGCUAAGAGGAAAUUAUAAUGCAUGUUAUUCAACAACAUCUAAUGUUACUGAUGCAGUUAGCCCAGCAUUUAUUAUUCCUGAUUAUGAUUUAUCAUCUUCAGAAUACUCAACAUGGACUGAAUCUGUUUGGCACGAAGUGCAAAUUCGUAUGUUUCUCAGGCAAUCACUUAAACUACAAAUUGUAAUAUUUGUACUUGGAAUUUUAGUAUUUUUAUUUUCUUUCAUCAUAGUAAAAAAAAUGUAUGAUCAAUCUGGAAUUAAUUUUAAUAACCAAGAAGUUAAUUCAGUGACAAAUUUUUGAAACAAACUUCCUACAAGUAAUAUUUUUAUAACAGUUGUCUGUGAUUUAUUUUUUAUAAUUUUAUGUUUUUGGUUUAUAUCUCACAAAUAUGUACUAGUUUUUUUACUAUGAUUAAUUUGUAUAUUUUAAUGAAUAAUAUUUUUUAAUUUAUUUACAUUUUUUUUAAACUCAUUAUUGACAAAAUAUUUGUUUUAAAUUUACUUUUUUAUGGCAAAAAAAAAUUU